AUGGAUCUUUACAACUAUAACUUUACCUUUCGGCGCGACGAUGCGAAAGGUCUGACUGAGGAUGAGUUUGGAAAAAUGAUGGACUACUACCAAAUAUCAGAAGCGCAACGUUACGGAUCGAGGGCCCGGUCGCUUGUCAUUGAUCACCAAGAAUCAGGUCCCAUACGAAAGACCAUUCUAAUAUUUGCCCGAUCAAAAAAACAUCGGUAUGAUGUUGUUGUGGCUGAAGGGAAGAUGUCGAUCAAUGUGGACUGGGAAAGGUAUUGCUCUUCGCUUUUAUUUUGGCAUGUUCGUCUUCCAUUGUUUAUCGCUAUUUUUCGUUGCAACAAAAUACAACAGGCACUCACCUAUAUAAAGACGCUCUCGUUCUCUUCUACUUUUUUUAAAAAUUAUUUACCUGGUCUUUUCUCGGCAGGACUGGAUUGGCUGCAGGCAUCUCAAGUAUCAUAACUGGGGCUGUUUACUAUGCGAUUGGUUCUAUUCUGGGGAUUACGGUUGGAGUUCUAGGUUUACUUAGAAUUGGGAAUAACAUAAUUACCGGCCCAAACGAAGAUGUCAUUAACCGUUUCAUGGCUAUGCAGCUGAUUGAAACUCAAGAUUUGGUCGUGAAAAAACAUGGCAAACUUGCAUUUGUGCAUGGUAGACAUCAUACUCUCCUAGAUGAUGAUCCUAGCACUGAUCAUUCAUCAUGUUGCAUUAGCUGCUUCCCCUUCAAAUAA